AUGAAUUGUUGGGCACAUAGGUAUUGUGGCGAAGGAGGAAGACGAAGGAUCACGGCCUCAUUGGAGCCUAGUUCCAGUGGGGGUAGCGGGGAAGCCCACGCUCCGAGUUGGGACUAUAGUUGGGGGUGGGGCUCCAGCCCGACAUCCGGGUGGGGCUACGGAUCAGGCUCGGGUAAGUCUCCUAACGGGUUUGGGUUUGGGUCGGGGUCUGGCUCAGGCACCGGAUAUGGUUAUGGUUCGGGUAGUGGUGGCGCUCAUGGAGGCGGUUAUGGGAGUGGCAAUGGAAACAAAGGCGGUAACGGUGGUGCGGACGAAGACCAUUCACCAUCAAGUGGUGGCGGCAACAACAAGCAUGGUUGA